AUGAUUGAGGCGCCUAUUAGAGGAGUGGCGCCUAUUAGAGGAGUGGCGCCUAUUAGAGGAGUGGCGCCUAUUAGAGGAGUGGCGCCUAUUAGAGGAGUGGCGCCUAUUAGAGGAGUGGCGCCUAUUAGAGGAGUGGCGCCUAUUAGAGGAGUGGCGCCUAUUAGAGGAGUGGCGCCUAUUAGAGGAGUGGCGCCUAUUAGAGGAGUGGCGCCUAUUAGAGGAGUGGCGCCUAUUAGAGGAGUGGCGCCUAUUAGAGGAGUGGCGCCUAUUAGAGGAGUGGCGCCUAUUAGAGGAGUGGCGCCUAUUAGAGGAGUGGCGCCUAUUAGAGGAGUGGCGCCUAUUAGAGGAGUGGCGCCUAUUAGAGGAGUGGCGCCUAUUAGAGGAGUGGCGCCUAUUAGAGGAGUGGCGCCUAUUAGAGGAGUGGCGCCUAUUAGAGGAGUGGCGCCUAUUAGAGGAGUGGCGCCUAUUAGAGGAGUGGCGCCUAUUAGAGGAGUGGCGCCUAUUAGAGGAGAGAGGCGCCUAUUAGAGGAGUGGCGCCUAUUAGAGGAGUGGCGCCUAUUAGAGGAGUGGCGCCUAUUAGAGGAGUGGCGCCUAUUAGAGGAGUGGCGCCUAUUAGAGGAGUGGCGCCUAUUAGAGGAGUGGCGCCUAUUAGAGGAGUGGCGCCUAUUAGAGGAGUGGCGCCUAUUAGAGGAGUGGCGCCUAUUAGAGGAGUGGCGCCUAUUAGAGGAGUGGCGCCUAUUAGAGGAGUGGCGCCUAUUAGAGGAGUGGCGCCUAUUAGAGGAGUGGCGCCUAUUAGAGGAGUGGCGCCUAUUAGAGGAGUGGCGCCUAUUAGAGGAAGGAGUGGCGCCUAUUAGAGGAGUGGCGCCUAUUAGAGGAGUGGCGCCUAUUAGAGGAGUGGCGCCUAUUAGAGGAGUGGCGCCUAUUAGAGGAGUGGCGCCUAUUAGAGGAGUGGCGCCUAUUAGAGGAGUGGCGCCUAUUAGAGGAGUGGCGCCUAUUAGAGGAGUGGCGCCUAUUAGAGGAGUGGCGCCUAUUAGAGGAGUGGCGCCUAUUAGAGGAGUGGCGCCUAUUAGAGGAGUGGCGCCUAUUAGAGGAGUGGCGCCUAUUAGAGGAGUGGCGCCUAUUAGAGGAGUGGCGCCUAUUAGAGGAGUGGCGCCUAUUAGAGGAGUGGCGCCUAUUAGAGGAGUGGCGCCUAUUAGAGGAGUGGCGCCUAUUAGAGGAGUGGCGCCUAUUAGAGGAGUGGCGCCUAUAAGAGAAAGGAGAGAGGCGCCUAUUAGAGGAGUGGCGCCUAUUAGAGGAGUGGCGCCUAUUAGAGGAGUGGCGCCUAUUAGAGGAGUGGCGCCUAUUAGAGGAGUGGCGCCUAUUAGAGGAGUGGCGCCUAUUAGAGGAGUGGCGCCUAUUAGAGGAGUGGCGCCUAUUAGAGGAGUGGCGCCUAUUAGAGGAGUGGCGCCUAUUAGAGGAGUGGCGCCUAUUAGAGGAGUGGCGCCUAUUAGAGGAGAGAGGCGCCUAUUAGAGGAGUGGCGCCUAUUAGAGGAGUGGCGCCUAUUAGAGGAGUGGCGCCUAUUAGAGGAGUGGCGCCUAUUAGAGGAGUGGCGCCUAUUAGAGGAGUGGCGCCUAUUAGAGGAGUGGCGCCUAUUAGAGGCGCCUAUUAGAGGAGUGGCGCCUAUUGAAGGAGUGGCGCCUAUUAGAGGAGUGGCGCCUAUUAGAGGAGUGGCGCCUAUUAGAGGAGUGGCGCCUAUUAGAGGAGUGGCGCCUAUUAGAGGAGAGGCCUCUGUUAGAGGAGAGUGA